AGUCAGUUGAGUAAAGGACGUGACGGAACGCACACUUGCAGUCCACGCACUCCAAACGCACGCACACACACGCACACGCAACAUGGAGUCAUCAUCGUCAGCAUCAGCAGCAACAGGCUGACUGAGGAGCCAUGGCGAAGACUAAGGCAGGGCCCGUCAGACACAACAGGCGGGCUCGGAACACCAACAGCGUCAACAAUAAUAAGAAACAUAUGCAAAAUGGCCUCUACGUGCAUUCCUCUCCGCCUAAAGCUCUCAAUGCGGACCGAGCAGUGGACUCAGCUCGAAUUAAGGACUUGGUGAGAAGCGGCGAUGUGGCGGGGCUGGAGGGCCUGGUGCUGGACGGGCAAGGGGGCCGCCUCCUGCACCAGCCCGCCACUCACCCCCGCGUCAGGGCGUUCCUCAAGACUGUGCCCUCCUAUAUUUCUAAGAUCGAGUUGGUCCAUGACGCCGCGGCCAAGGGGAACCUGCGGGAGCUGAAGGCACUGCUGGACCGAAGGAAAUUGGCCCAGUCUAAGGAUGAGCAGGGGGUGGGCGUGUUGCACAAGGCGGUGCUGAAGGGACACACAGACGUGGUGGAUUACCUUAUCACUGAGUUCCCUGAGUCUCUUGAUGUCGCCGAUAAUGGCUUCGUUCCGCACGGGCGUUCGCUGAGAUCUGGAGGCACGUCUACGCCCACGCUCGCCCGCGGUGUUCGGAGGUACCUGCUGCAGGCUUGGGUGGAGGACGGGAAGGGGCGGGCGUCGGGCUCUGCGAUGGCGGCGUGUAGGGCUUGGAUGUCCCCGGAGAGUGUGGCCCUGGGACAGGGGGUGGGGCUGGAGCUGGAGCUGGCGGACUGGAGUGACAGUGACCCAAGGAGUUGCCACCCCACCCCGCCCUCACCCCCGCCACCCGCACCCGUGGACGUCUCUUCCACCAUACCGUGCCGACUGCCUCGCCUGCUCCCUAAACAGGUCAGGGAGACAGGCAGGGAGGCAGGGGCCCAGUUGGGAUCUGGUCUACGCCUCACGGACCACUUGGCCUGUGUGGGCGCCGUGGCCACGUCGCCAAGCCACCGCGGCAGGACGCACCAUGCCUACCUCAGGCAUUUGCAGCGCCUGGCGGGAAGGCGUCCCACCCUGACCCACCACCGCCGCCUACCGAAUAUCUCCAGACGCCCCGGCAGCCCCCGUCCCAGGCCCCGCAACGCGCCACCACUGCUCAGACCACUCAAGACUCUCUCCGCCCCAGCCCGUCACCGGCCCCACACCAUCUCCGCCAUCCCGCCCCACAUAGCAAACCUUGCACUUCCCCAGCCUCGCCCCAGGUCUCACUUGGCUCCUCUACCUCGUGGGAGAGCAGCUUCUCCUCCUCCCCAGCUCGUGAGCCAAAGGCCCCGCGGCCCUCCCUGGGCAGAGAGCCUGGCACGCGAUUUAGUCUCCACAGUGGUGAGCCGCGCCCUGGCUCGCCUCACAGGGCAGAGCACACCCGAUACAGAGGUGUGGCAGACGGCGUGUGAGCGGGAGAUGAGCUGCAGGGCGGGGAGUCUGGUGAGGAGGGUGCUGGGCAGGCAGGGGUGGAGUGGUGAGGACGUAGGGAGCAGUGCUGGAGCAUCAGGAACAGGCGCUGCAGAGGAAGUAAAAAGUGGACAUGUAAAGAUGGAGAAAGAGACAAAGAAGGUGAAGAAUGGAAAAGAAAUCACGACGAGGACGAGGAAUGGAGUGGGCGUCAGACAACGCCAGCAGGGAAGAGAAGAGGAUGAAGGGAGAAGGAGAAGAACAAAAAACAAACAUGGAGAGGAAAAAAGAAUAAACCCUGAAGGAAAACCAAAGAGUGACAACAAAGAGGAAGUCAAACCACACAACAGAACACAGAAAGAAAACAAGGAUGCAGGAAAACACCGCCUCGCCACCCCGCCAACACAGACGCUAACACUGCCACCAUCUCGGGACCAACACAUGACUGAAGUAGGACAAGAAACACCUGUUAUCCUUCGCCGUCAGUCCUCACUCCUACCCACGUUCAUUCAUUAGAGAAGGAUACUCUACUAACUUCGUCCUCUGUACUCAUAUCCUGAAGGAGGUAGUGAGAAUGCCGCACAGGAACCUGAAGGGAAAAACCAGAGACUAUCUUCUUCAUCUCCUCCUUCCCUUGCUCCUCCUCCUCCUUCUACUUCUUCAGGAGGUAGUGGAAUAGAAGACACGUUUAUAUUCUCUCACAUCCCGGUCCCAUUAAAAGCAAAGGAGAAUCUGAAGGCUUCCAGUUUAAGACCCAAAUUAGACACAGCCACAUUCAUCCCUUGCGUUAUGACUAAGCCUCCACCCACGUCCACCUCCACUUCCACUUCCACUACGCCUCAAAAUGCCACCCCAGCUAAAAUUAUCACUGUGAAACCAAACAAAAUGGCGCCAAAUUUAAGAUCAAAACAGAACACAACCACAUCCAUUCCUCGAGUAAUAGCUAAACCUCCACCCAUCUCCACCUCCACCUCCACUUCCACUGCGGCUCAAAAUACCACCAAAGCUACAAUUAUCACUGUAAAUCCAAACAAUACGGCGCCGAAAUUAAGAUCAAAACAGGACACAACCACAUUCAUUCCUCGAGUUAUUAAACCUCCACCUACCUCCACCUUCACCUCCACUGCGGCUAAAAAUACCACCACAGCUAAAAUUAUCAAUGAGAAACCAAACAAAAUGGAAAAUAAAUCAAAAUCUAACAACAAAGUGCUCAAAUUCAGAUCACAGCAGGACACAAUCAAAACAAGUUCUCGAGUCACAAAAACCAUCUCUCCACCCACCUCCACCUCCACCUCCACCUCCACUUCCACUCAAAAUACCACAAAUUUCACCACAGCUACAACCACCACAGCAAAUACAAUUAACAAGGCGUCCACUACACCACCACCAACUAGUUUGCCAUCCACCUCCACCACCACCACCACCACUAAUAACAGUUCUCCACUUAGUAAAUCCAGCAUUCCCUCCACAAGCCCAUCUUCAUUUCAGCUAACCCUUCCACCUAUUUCACCCACUCCACAAAGUAUUAACCCUGUCACCACACCACAUUCACCACAUUCACCACACUUACCCACGCCCUCACAACACCACUCCACAGGCAAGCCCUCCCCAUCCACUCAGCCCCCUGCAGAAGGUGGAGCAAAGGGAACUAGUGUACCUGAAGGCGCUGAAGGAACUGGUGGUGAGAGUAAAGAGGAAUCAUCACCAAAAUCAUCACCAUCAUCACCAUCAAAGCAUAUGAGAGAUGAGUUUAAAGCGUUCACAUCAUUGCUACAACUACUGCCGUCACCACCACUGUCACCACUGUCACCACCACCGUCACCACAGUCACCACCACAACCAGGAGAGGAACUAACACUACCACAGCGGAACUUAACGACUGCUGUGGUUAAUUCUGCAUCCAUCACCACCACUACCACCACCACCACCACAAGAUCACCACCACAGCGUGAAGUGACGGAACUAACACUA